ACCUGAUUACGAAAACAAAAUAUGGCUGCGCCCAUAUGUUGAUCUUGUGAACUGACGAAAUACAUCCAAGUAGAGAUAAAGAUGUCAGUUCCUGAUGAAAAAACAGAAGAAAAGAAAUCCAUCUUUUUCUGGAGAAACUGGGGAAGAAAAUGUGACAGAGUGAGAAAAGAGCUAUAUGAAUGUGUAAUAGUUACUGAUUGCUGUCAAAAGGAACGGAAGACACCAAAAGAAUGCCUGAAAGAACGACAUCCAGACGUAGAACACUGUCAGACGUUAGUGUACUCCUUAUACCGCUGUAAACACGGCACGUUCGAUCGGCGACAGCAAUUUAGAGGGAUGUCAAAAGACUACUAGACAGAACUGAUGGAUGCUGUGUGAUUGCUUACAAUAUAAAUGUUAGGAUACUUUGUGUAAAUGUUAGAGAUAUUUGGUGUAAAUGUCAAGAUGCUUUGUGUAAAUGUACUGAAUGGAAGAUGUCAGACUGGGAAUGAAAUUCAUCAUGUUAUGGACUCUUUUAUUAUACUAAUAUGUGAAUUUGUAAAUAUCAAUAUUUAUGGAAUAAAAGAAAGAAAACGA